AUGCUCCGCCAGCGACAGCCUGCCGCCGCUGCAUCCGCCCCCGAUCGCCCUCUUAAGGAAGAGAUACCCACCAUGGCCGCCGCGAAGACGACGUCCCUGGACAAUGAGCGCCGUCCGCUGCUCCCACGGCACGAGGACGACGAGCACAGCCAACCGCCGACCGAGGCAGACGAGAACGAGACAGACGACGACUCCAAAAUGACCUGGGCUCGCCGAAACCAAUGGAUUGUGCUUGCCAUUGCCAGCGGCGCUUGCGCUGCGUUCAACGGCGUCUUUGCGAAGCUGACCACAACUGAUCUCACAACCACCAUUUCGCAAGCAAUCUCAAAUUUCCUGGGAUUGUCGGAUAUUGAGGGUGCUUUCGAGGUCGUCAUGAGAGCCGUCUUUUUCGGUCUCAACCUCGUUUUCAAUGGCAUUAUGUGGACGCUCUUCACAAAGGCCCUGGCCAAGGGCAACUCAACGACGCAGGUCUCCAUCAUGAACACCUCGUCAAACUUUGUCAUUACCGCCAUCCUCGGCCUCGCCAUCUUCUCCGAGUCUCUCCCGCCGCUCUGGUGGCUCGGCGCCGCCCUCCUCGUCGCCGGCAACGUCAUUAUCGGCCGCAAGGAUGAGACCGCUGCGGACAAGUCCGUCGACUACGCGCCCUUACCCCAACAGCCCGGCCUUGCGCCUGCGGAUGGCGGCGAGGAAGAUAAGGAGGAGUCUGAGGAUGAGGACAUCGUCGAUCUGGGAGACUUGUCAUCGCAUGAGCAUCGGGCAUGA